GUACUUUCGCGCUGGAUUCCGUUCAUUGGAUAAAGAUCCACGUCCAGAAUGUUUGCACGUUCAGAUUUACGUGAUGACGUCAUGUGUGAAAAAUGUUAUCAGUUGGCACAGGUGAACAAGAAACUGAGGGAAGAAAAUAUUGAACUACUGUCAGAGUUAGAUUCGGCUAAUGAGACAAUUAAGGAUAAAUCGGAAGAGCUGGUUAUUAUGCUCCAAAAACUUCACAGUCUUUCAAAGAUAGCUCAAGAAAGAGACAAGCUGGUAGAAUGUUUAGAGGAUGAGAAAACAUCCAAAAGGGAUUUGCAAUUGUCACUAGAAGAAGAGAAAAGUCUCAACGUCCAGUUAAAAGCCCAUUUAGCUAUGGCUGAAGAAAAGGGCAACAUGCUAAAUGCCAAGGUAUUGAAACUGGACAAACAACUUCAAGAAAAAGGUGAGGCGUUCAGCAAGGCCGUUCAAAUAAUUAGGGAGUACGAGGUUUUUUUGCAGCAGAAGCUAACUCAAUGUUCUCAAAUAUCUCAAGAAGUGGUCUCAUUAAAAGUGGAAGUGUUGGAACUACAGAAGAAAUUAAAAAAUGCUACUGAUGAAGAUAUAGUUUUACAAUUUUCAAAUUCAGACACUGAACAUAAUGGGUUGCAUUCAACACCUCUUCUCAAUCAUAACAGGCUUGAAUCACCUCAAAACUGGCGUAAUUUUGAAUAUAGCGUUUUGAAAUCCCCAGUCUUUCAGUCGUUCUAUGGACCUCCACUCAUCCGAACCUGGCCAGUAGCUGAAUCUAUAAGGCUGAAAAGUUUGGCCCAAGAAAUAUACGAGGCAGGUAUCGCUAAUAGAGUUAUUCAAACAACUUCAUGUGUACAUAAUGUGAAAAAAUUUGACAAGAGCGUUCAGUGUAGAAAAGGCUUUUCUUUCGGCGGAGAAAAUGAAAAUGAAUAUCAAAAGGACCUGAUGCUCAAAAAUUCUUCUAAUUCACUUAUAAGGACACGGUCAGAACCUGUCGUAAACAAUUCAGUCGGAAGUACAAAGAAUUACAGACAAGAAAAACAUAAAGUUAUUAAACAAGCGGUCGAAGUUGACAACAACGAGGAUGUAAAUCAGGGAUCGAAUAUUGUAUAUAGUGUUACUCUACUCAUGGAAGCUUGGUGUAUGCGUAUGUAAUGAAUUUGAUAUCAAUUUGACUUUAUUUUGCUGCAGUCAUGUGAAACGAAUACGAUUUUUCUGAUUUCUACACACUAAUGCAACAGCCAAGCUGAAGAAUCUGUGGCCGUCACAGUGCUGGCUUGUGGUUACAGAUCUGAUGAACAAUACACGUGCAAAACAUUAUUUACGAAUGACCCUCAUGGAUGACCUUACUAUUGUUAGUUUUAUUUUUUUAUACUCACUUAUUUUCUUUUUUUUCACUAUUCUCUACGUGAGCACACAUAAACUUAACUUAUCUCCUGUUAUUCCAGUGCAAAACAGCACAGCUCUGAACUUUAAUUUGUGCGCCAAAUAUUUAUUACAAAGAGCAAGCAAACUGUUCUGUAAAAUUCCCGGCGAAAUUUUUAAUCUUCAGCAACCUUUAGGUCCACCUCCUUCAUGAUGAUUUAUUUUUUUCUACUUAACUAUAAAGCACUAUUGUUUACCAUUUCCAAUGAGUGAAAUAAAUUAGACCA